AAGCGUCCCGGGCGCGGAGCGAGUGGCGGCAAGGGGACGGUACCUGGUUGCCUUACGGAGCGGAGGCAGUCUUCUACAGUGGAACCUCGUGUCGUGAGCCCGCCACCUGAGUACCAGUACUUCGCGUUCUGCAUCUUUAAUGAAGUCUUUAGAAAAGGAAAAUAUAAUCAUAAGGCGCUCUUUAAAUGCCCCGCCGUAUGCCUAGAGCUUUGGGGCUGGAUUUGAAAGUUGUGUAUCAAGCGACUUCCCAAGUCUUUACUGCCGCGCCUGGCACGUGUGUGCAAGGGGAGAAAAUCAGGCAUCUCGAUGCAGAUUCGUAUCCAGAUACCUGGGGUUGUGUGUGUUGUGUCAGAACCGGGCUCGUGCGCUCAGUCCGGAGCCCUGCUCGGUGGACAGGAUUUAAAAGAUUUUGAUAGAAUUGAUUGGACUACUUGACCAUUGAGAUUUGGGAAGGAAUGCCAGAUUUUUCAUUUUUAAAGAAUCACUAAAUGUGUGAGAAAUUGACAUAAUGGACAAUGAAAAGGAAAAUCUUUUUAUUGAGCCACACAAAAGGGGACUGAUGAGGUCACCCUUGAAGGAGUCCACCAAGGAGAAUGUCUCACCUAACCUGGGCCCUUUGACCACGCCCACCAAGCCCAAGGAGGUCUCCCAGGGAGAACCAUGGACACCCACAGCCAAUCUGAAAAUGCUUAUCAGUGCUGUGAGCCCAGAAAUCCGCAGCAGAGAUCAGAAAAGGGGGCUGUUUGACAACAGAAUGGGAUUACCUGAGGCCAAAGACUGUUUACAGGAACACUUAUCUGGAGAUGAAUAUGAGAAGUCUCAACCAAGUCGAAAAGAGAAAAGUUUAGGAUUGUUGUGUCAUAAGUUCUUAGCAAGAUACCCUAAGUAUCCCAACCCUGCUGUAAAUAAUGACAUCUGUCUUGAUGAAGUGGCGGAAGAGCUCAAUGUUGAACGUCGACGAAUUUACGAUAUUGUGAACGUCCUGGAGAGUUUACACAUGGUGAGCCGACUGGCCAAAAACAGGUAUACCUGGCAUGGGCGACACAAUCUCAACAAAACCCUCGGCACUCUGAAGAGCGUCGGGGAGGAGAAUAAGUACGCCGAGCAGAUUAUGAUGAUCAAAAAGAAAGAAUAUGAACAAGAGUUCGAUUUCAUUAAGAGUUACAGUAUAGAAGAUCACAUCAUCAAAUCAAACACCGGCCAGAAUGGACAUACAGAGAUGUGUUUUGUUGAACUCCCUGGCAUGGAAUUUCGGGCAGCUUCUGUAAACAGCCGCAAAGACAAGUCCUUACGAGUGAUGAGCCAGAAGUUUGUGAUGCUGUUUUUGGUGUCAACACCACAGAUCGUCAGCCUAGAAAUCGCUGCCAAGAUUUUAAUUGGGGAGGACCAUGUGGAAGACCUGGAUAAAAGCAAAUUUAAAACAAAAAUCAGGAGGUUGUACGAUAUAGCUAACGUUCUAAGUAGCCUGGAUCUCAUCAAAAAAGUCCAUGUUACAGAGGAAAGAGGUCGAAAACCAGCUUUUAAGUGGACAGGCCCGGAAAUCAGUCCCAAUACCAGUGGCUCCAGCCCAGUCCUUCCUUCUGCCACCUCUGACCUGGGGGUGCGGCGAUCUGCCAAAGAGAACUGUGCCAAAAACCUCUUCUCCACGCGUGGCAAACCCAACUUUACACGACACCCGUCGCUUAUCAAGCUGGUGAAGAGUAUAGAAAGCGAUCGGAGAAAGAUAAAUUCUGCUCCUAGCAGCCCCGUCAAGCACAGCAAAGCUGAGAGUUCUCAGAAUUCUCCACCCUUCCCAAAUAAAAUGGCUCAGCUUGCAGCUAUUUGCAAAAUGCAGUUAGAAGAACAGAGUGAACCCCUAAAGAAAAUGAAAGUACAGCUAGCAAGAUCUGGGCAUUGCAAACCAGUGACCCUGCUGGAUGCUUCAGCAAACACCGAGCUGGAGCUGACGACACCAUCCCUCAUCCAGCCCCUGGGAGUCGUCCCCCUGGUCCCCAGCCCAUUGUCACCCGCGGUGCCCGUGAUCCUACCUCAGGCUGCCUCUGGUCCAUCCUAUGCCAUCUACUUGCAACCUGCCCAAACCCAAACUGUGACACCACCCCAAGGCCUGAGCCCGACGGUCUGCCCCACCCACUGCUCUAAAGCUACCAGAGCAAAAGACUCCACAGAUGCCACCACCGAGAAGGCCACAAACAGUGCCUCAAGGGCCAGCAGCUCCUCCAGAGCUGGAAGCUUACUGCCAGCACCAGAGAGACAAGGAGCGAAGAACCAAACCAAGGAGGCACCUGGAGAAAGGGGCUCCAAGAGAUCCAGCAUGUUUGAGGACUGUGUUUCUAAAAAGAAAUAUAAAGAGGACUUAAAAGGACUUGAAAACAUGUCCGCGACCUUGUUCCCGGGAUACCUAAUCCCUCUCACCCAGUGUUCAUCCUUGGGGGCAGAAUCCAUUCUAUCUAAUAAAGAAAACUCAGGUACACCUUCCCCAAACCACAGGAUCUACAGCUCCCCAAUCGCAGGUGUCAUUCCAGUGACAUCCUCUGAACUCACUGCUGUGAAUUUUCCCUCUUUUCAUGUGACCCCUUUGAAGCUAAUGGUCUCCCCCACUUCCGUGGCAGCUGUACACGGUGGGAACAGCCCAGCGCUUGCCUCCAGCCACCCCAUUGCCAUUCAGAACCCAAGCUCAGCCAUUGUAAACUUCACUCUGCAGCACUUGGGACUCAUCUCCCCCAGUGUGCAGGUGUCCGCCAGCCCUGGACCUGGGUCUGGAACCAUUCCUGUGUCCCCCAAAAUAGAAGCAAUUAGUGUCGUACCAGAACAUGCAGGCUGUCAGCAAGGAAAGGCCACCAGCUCUGACUCACCAGUCCCGGGCCAGAGCCAACCAAAUGGACAGUCAGUCACUGUGACAGGGACACAACAGCCUGUUCCCGUGACACCCAAAGGGUCAGAGUUAGUGGCUGAAAGUUUCUUCCGUACCCCAGGCGGACCAACCAAACCAGCUGGCUUAUCCUGUGUGGAUUUCGAUGGUGCCAGUAAAACCUUUGGAACCUUCUUUGUCCCCCAGAGAAAACUGGAAGUUUCGACAGAGGACGUCCACUAAUUGACAGAUAUCAGCUUAAUUUAAUUUGCUAAAGACUUAUUUAAUAGAGAAGAAGAUAUACACAGACUGAUUUGGAGAACAAAAUCUCCAAAAAUACUGUAAAUAUGUUGAAUGUUUACACGAUAUCAAAGCAGAUACUUGUUUUCAUGCAUAUAUAUAUUGAUAUAUAUAUGUACAUUUGUACAAGGCUGUGUUCAGCCUUUCAGUCAAAAUAAAACAUUGAACUAAGGUAUAUUAGCUUCUGGGGGAAAGUGAUUCGUCAUUUCAAUUGUGCCUAUACUAUUAUACAAGUAACUGUAUUAAAGUUUACUUCCCUUUCAGUAAAUGUGUUUCACAUGCUUAACACAGCAUUCUUUUAAACUUUUUGCACAAAGAAAAUGCUGUGUGAUGUAUAAUGUUGUAUUUUUACAUAGGGCUGUCGCUAUAUUUUUUGUAAUUUCUUUAAUCUGUCAAUGUUGCAGGAUUUUUUUUGUAGAGUUUGCAACAAACCUUCAAUCAAGUCUAUGGAAAAAUUAUUUAUAAGAUGUAUUUUUAAUCAUAAAUUGUUAAAUUAAAACUUUUCUAACAUGUA